UCGUAUACACAACAAAAAACGUAAAAUCUUGAUUGCUCUGUUUGUCCAUGAUAAUCUACCAGACUGAACGUUUCUCGGAAAUCAGAAGUAUCCGCGCUGCCAAAGCAUUUAUCGGGUACUGCUAGAGGAGGAGCUUCACGGGACGAUUCACUAGGCUGCAAGUAAUAAACAAAGCAUUAUGGCUGAUUUUGUAAUGUUUAAAAACUUUGUAAAAAAAGGCAAAGCGUAGAUUUUUUUUUCAUUUUUUUUUCUUUUGUAAUUUAAUUUCAGUUUAAUGAUGUAUGUAUGUCUAUGACCAAAAAUACCUACCUACUGUUGAUUGAAUUAUUUUAAUUAAUAGGUAAGGUAAGAGUUAUGACCUCAUUUAAGAAAUAUUUAUGAUUUUCGUAUCAGUUUUAUCUUCUUUUUCCUUCCACAAACUGAGGAAGGUUAUUGUGCGAACCACGUCCUCCAAAGUUCCCUUGGAUACCAACGUAUUGGCUCGAAAUAAAUUUGAAAGAAUCGACAAUUUUAUCAGUGCAACCAAACACUGCGACGAAUCGAUGGCCGGUCCGGGACAAGCUGUCAAAGAUUGGUGUUGACAGGAGGCUUCAGGAAAAACAAAACGAAAUUCGUUCUUUCGAGGAUCUUCUUCGUUAGGAAUUAAUCUCAGAUUCGAAAUGGGGAGUACGGGAGCAUGUUGUGCCAAACUUAUUCUGGGUUUACUGAACACUUUGUUCUUGUUGGUUGGGCUCGCCCUUGUUGCGGCUGGUGCCAUGGUGUUAGCGGGCGCCGACUUCAUUGCAUCCGUUCUUAAAUCUUUCAAAGACAUACCAGUGGUGUCUGACUACAUCACGAUAGCGGCAUGGGUAUUGGUGGGUAUCGGGAUAUUCCUGGUUGUCAUGGGAAUCCUAGGCGGAUGUGGCGCAUGUUGUGCUAUUAAAGUAUUUCUGAUCGCUUAUGCCGUCAUUGUGAUCAUCCUCAUCCUGAUUGAGGUCACCUUUGUGGCACUGCUGUUUUCUGAUACGUUGAAGGACUUGCUCUCGGAUCCUGUAACUAAAGAGUUCAAGAAAUACAAAUCCAUUACCAACAAGCCCAAGGAUCCGACAAGCAGAGCUAUGGACCUCCUAUUCAUAAACUUGAAAUGUUGUGGAUGGAGUGAUUCUAAUGACAUCCCAAGAAGCGAAGAUUUACCAACUUGUUGCAAGGGUUUUACAGAGGAAUUACUAAACUCUGGCAACCCAGUGUCAAUAGUAAAUAUACAGACAUGUCAAGUGGACAGAAAUCACGUAAAUUUCUACAAAAAGGGUUGCUAUCAGGCUGUCCUGGAUUUGAUCGAUGACAACAAGUCCAUGGUUAUCGGAGUAGGUGUGGCACUUUUGGUAUUUCAGAUUUUGUGUGUGGUUUUCGCGAUCUGGAUUGUGAAGGACAGUUCAAAGAUAUCCCCUGUGGACUAAACAGGAUAUGAUAUAUCAGUAUAUCAGGAUCGUUAUUGAUGCUUUUUUUAACAACGCGUAUACAGCUUGCAUCUCAAAAUCGUAAUUGUCGAUAUGUGUUACCUAGAUGAAAAGAUUUAUAUUUUACUAAAAAUCCUCCAUAUUUUGGGAGACUGCAAUCAAAUACACUGUAUUAGAAUCUUUCUUGUAAAAAUUGCCUAUAUAACUACCAGAUAAUUGUUAAUUAUCAGCAAAAUGAAACAUAUGAACAUAUUGUUAGUUAUUGAUAUUCAUUAAACUUGUGCAUGAUGAGUUGCGCAUUGUAUAAUCUCUCUCUCUCUCUCUCUCUCUCUCUCUCUCUCUCUCUCUCUCUCUCUCUCUCUCCGCCCACUGUAAUGAACAGGAUGCAUGAAUUGCUGUCCUCUCUUUCUGACACGACACAUAUUACGGCAUGCUUUUUACUAUAGCUAGGUUUUGGCAACGGGGUAUAGAACCUGUGAUCAAAUGUUCAAAUUGAUGCUUUUUAAGCAAAUUAUUAUUCAAGUUGUAUAUUUAAGCCAACAAUUCUGAUUCAUUUACUUGAUUAUUCCAUGAAAUGUUUCGUUAUUAUCCGUCCAAUUAUCAUGAAUAUUUUCGUGUGUUUGUUUUUUGGUUGUUGUUUUUUUUUUUUUAUUUCUCUUUGAUGUUGCUGUUUUCAUCCUUAUCAAUUUAUCAAAAUGUUUUGAAAAUGUAAAAACGUCGAUGAUAUGGCUUGCUAAGGUAUUUGUAACUGUAAUAAAACUGUGUUAAUAAAAUUAAACAUCGAAUCUACGCUGUAUGCCUUUGUACCUUAGACUGUAUUUCUUUACACAGUAUAUAAUUAUGUAUUUGAAAUCAUAAGCAGCUUUUCCUACACCGAAUCGAGUCUUUCAAUGGCUAUCUAUCAUUUUUUAGAUGAGAAUUAAAGAAGCCGUUGUUUUUAGUUCACCUGAACUGAAGGCUCCAAGUGAGCUUUUCUGAUUGAAAUUUACCCGGCGUCUGUUGUCGUUAUCAGAGGCAUCAUUAACUUUUCACAAUUUCAUCUUCUCCAGAAUCACUGGACCAAUUUCAAUCAAACUUGACACAAAUCAUCCUUGGGUGAAGGGGAUUCACGUUUCUGAUCAAGGAAAAGCAGGAAUAAGGUGGGGUAAUUCAAAAUCAUGUUCUCAAGAACCAAAGUUGAAAUUUACAUGAAAGCUUUCCUGAUUCAAGGUAUUGAAAUCAUGACCCCCGGGGGUAGGGUGAGGCCACAAUAGGGGAUCAAAGUUUUACAUGGGAAUAUACAUUAGGUAAAAUCUUUAAAACUCCUCUUCUCUAGAACAACAGGGCUAUGGUGAGUCAUCUUUUAAAAUAUGCAGGCAUCUAUAGGACUGGUGUAGUGCAGAUUCAAGAUUGUUCAAAUCGUGACCCUCAUGGGAUGAAAAGUGGAGGAUAUUUAUAUCAAUAUUGUGAAACUGAAAACUUUCAAAGUAACUUUAUUUGAUCAAAAAUGCAGUUUUAGUAGAAAUCAAUCUUUAAAAAAUGUAAAACCCCUGCAGGACUCUAACCUGCGAUCUACAGUUCAGCAGUCGACGUGUUUACCUACUGAUUUACUCAGCAAAGUAAUAAUUUUUCAAAUGAAUAGACAAAUAUUGGCGAUAUUCAUAUGUUCAUCCAUGUUUUAAAACUAUUAAAACCUAUGUUUUGCAUGAACCUACCACCUCCCUUCCAGCCUGGCAUAAGGUAUAGAUUACUGUAAGUUCAAGGAGUAUGAAAACUAUGUUGGUGAUCGUAGUGAAAUGUUUUUGGACAGAAAUUUAAAUACCGUGGAGGAUCUUGAUUCAUUUUGUCUCGAUCUCAACACAUAGUUACAUACUGUUGUAUAUCUCCAAUGCAUGAACACUUUUUUGAAGCCCGAGUGGACAUCAAGAGUUAAACAAUUGCAUGAUACGGAGCGACGUUGACGAAACAUUUGGUUGUGCGAAGGACGCCCCUGUGGUAUGAAUCAUGUUUCUUACAAAAAUUACAAGCAUGCAAAACGAAACCUUCGAAAUGAACUCAAUGCUGAGCAUGAACGUUAUAUGUCCAAUGCGUUUAAAGAUAUAGACGAAGCUUCAGAAUGUGAUGUUCGGCUCUUCUGGAAAUUGAUAAAACGUUUGCGUCCACGGAACACACGUACAUACCCAGUGAUAGAAUUCAACGGUAGUUCGUACGACGACCCGUCGGGUGUAACGUUAGCUUUUGCAAAACAUUUUUAUGAUAUCUACAAUCCAAAAGAAAAUGAUAGCUUCGAUUCGGACUUCUUUCACGACAUCAAAACAUCAUAUAUUAAUUUGGAAAGGAGUCUUAUAUCCUGCUCCCUUAUAACCUUUCCUGAUGGUUCUGUGACCGUCGACGAAAUAUGCCAAAUCCUCCGUGAUCUCAAACAAAGAAAGCCCCUGGUCUUGACCGUAUUCAGAACAAACAUUUCAUCUAUGGCGGUAUUCAGUUAGGUAAAUGCAUCACCUACCUUUUCAAUGCUGUCAUAGAAAUAGGACGAAUUCCAUCAUGCUGGAAAAAAGACUUGAUCAUUCCCAUCUAUAAAGGUAGUAACAAACCAAGGAAGUCCCCCGACAAUUACAGACCCAUAGCCCUUCUUCCAUGCCUCCUUAAAAUCUUUGAAAAGUUGUUGCUAACCCGAAUUCGGACUUAUAUCCAGCCUAUGAUAAAUUUUCCAAAUCAACAACAGCAAGGUUUUCAACAAAAACUUGGGUGUAUAACAGCGUCCUUCAACUUUCAGGAGAUGAUUUAUCACAAUAUAGAACAUGGGAGUCCCGCCUCAGUCCUGUCCUUGUAGCCUUUCUUGAUACACAGAAGACAUGGUCUAACGUACAAACUACAUCGGCUUGGGAUUUCAGGUCGUUUAUGGAGUCUAGUAAACGAUUGUCAUGUAAAGACAUCGUUCUCUGUCGUUGUCAACCAAAUCAGUUCCGACUGGUUUUCAAUUUCACAAGGCGUUAGACAGGGUGGUGUUUUGUCAACCUUACUCUACCUUGUAUUUUUCGACGACUUGCUGCACGAAAUUUAAAAUCUGUGUACAAAUACCGGUAUUUUCAGUAUCACAAACUCUAAUCCAACGCUUGUGGAUGACAUUUGUUGUGUUGCGCUCAUACCGCAUGGAUUACAUAAAAUCCUAUGCAAAAUAUACGAGUAUUCAUCAAAAUUGCGUUUUACAUUCAAUGCAAACAAAUCCAGUGUCCUUCAUUUUUAUCCAAAAUGGGCAAAUCAUACGGACUCAUUUACUUGGCACCUAGGCAAGAAUGUUAUUCACUCUUCCAAGGAAUACACGCACCUGGAAAUUUUACUGAAUUCCACAUUUGAUCCCAGUAGCAGAACUUCGAUGACUUGCAGGAAAGGACGCCAAACAUAGUUUUCACUAAUACAUCCAAACAGCUCAACCCAAUCGCUAUCUCCAAACUAUAGUUCUGGGCGUUCUCCCCUCUCUGUUAUAUGGAUGCGAACUCUGGUGCUACCUAUGACGAAAAAAUGUCGAAACCCUCAAUACAUUUCAGCAUUUUAUUGCAAAACCCGCAUUGGGUCUCCAUCAGCAAACUAAAUCGGAUAUUUGUGAAAAUCUUCUGGGUCUGCUUCCUAUUACUGCGGAGACUGGCAUCAAGAAACUGCAAUUUUUUGGACGUCUUUGUGAACUUGACACUAAUUAUCUCACAAAGCGCAUAUUCCUCAUUCGUCUAUUCUCGUAUGAGAUGAACCCUUGUGCCAAACAUCGCGGAUUUAUUCAGGACAUCAUGUCUCUAUUGACCAAAUAUAAUUUGUAUCCUGCUUUAACUCGAUAUCUUGAAAGCUGUGCCUUCUCUUCAAAAUUAGAGUGGAAAAGAUCUGUUAAAUCCUCUGUCACCACUUACCAUUCCGAUUCCAGACGACAAUGCAUGCGUGCUGAUCCUGACUUUGCCCGAUUUACCAUUCUUUGUAAUGGAAAAUCAGCAACUUUGUUAUGGAAUAUUCCGCAUAAUAAUAACGAGAUUCUUCUGUACAAGUUUAUUGUAAAAUUAUGGACUCUUCUGGAUACACUACCCGAAAUUUGCUCAUUGUGCGCGAGACCUUUCAUGAAGGUGUUUUGAGCACGUAUCAACUACCUGUUCUGAAACAACCCUAUAUCGCGAGUCCUGGUGGGAAACUUUAAUUGAAGACUUUGAUAUUUCUCUGGCUGCCGACCUAUGUGGGCUGUCCCAAUAUAACUUGUAUUUAUUUAUCUUCGGGGCAUAGUCUCAAACUUGCCUGAUUUUGACAUUCAAGAACUACAUCUUCUGAACUUUCGUUUUAUAAGAGAUGCAGUAGCAAUGCAUUAUAACAAACUUCGAGUUACACUGUAACUAAAUAGUGUAUGCUUGUCACCUGAUGCUUAGAUAUUUUUGUAUUCUUCCUCUCUUCCAUUUAUAAUUACUUGUAUUCCUUAUAUUAUUUUGAACAUUUGCACAUGUCUUGAUAAAUGCACUACCAUUGUA